AUGCAAUUAACACUUUUCACACUUACUAUUCUGUCACUCGUGUACACUACACUCGCAAAGAUCACUAUCACCGUCCCAAAUUCAAAGAACUGGUGGAUUGACUCAGAUUCUCAGACGUUCGCGUGGACGACAUCGAGUGAAUCGGAUCCCGAACAGUUCAUCACUAUCAUCAAGAACGAUGACGAGGAUGUCUUGCCAUCCAAACAAGCGGCAGUAACCGGCAUUAUAGAAUCAGACCGCGGUUCAUACCAAAUCGAUAGCAACGCAGGCGUUAAUCUCAGCCCAGGCAAGGGUUAUGUUCUUGUUUUCGCCGACCCAACAGACCAGAACAAGGAGUUUGCGAAAUCCGAAGAGUUCGAAAUCAAACCUGAAGGCAGCGCAUAUCCAGAUGCAUCAGCUACCGUUCCUGCGUCUGCCAGUCCAUCAGCUUCCAGCAACAAUGCUAGCACUGAUGAUGACGAUUCUAACGCAAGCACAGCUACAAUCUCUGCCUUGACUGCUGCUCUCGCUAUGAGUGCUGCACUUUCUAUACUCUAA